AUGCUUCGUUUGAUUAAAUGGUCACCUGAGUUCUCGCCAUCUACAUACAAAAACACCUUCGCACAGGUCUGGGUGCGCUUUUGGGAUUUAGGGUUUGCCUACUGGGAUCAACAAACUCUUUUUGAAAUUGCAUCUGGUAUUGGUACGCCCCUUAAACUUGACCCCCGUACCAUGAACCGUACCGUGGGCUUGUUUGCCAGAAUUCUUGUGGAUGUAGACUUCUCGCAGCCUCCUCAUGACAAGCUCAGAAUCACUAGGGCCAAUGGUGAGGUUGUGGUGAUUGGAGUCGAAUAUGAGUCUGUACCUGACAUCUGCACCAGGUGUGGGAUAGUUGGUCAUGUCGCUGGUACUUGCCGCUCUAAGGCAUCGGUCGACACGGUGGCUGCUAUCCCAAACGAGCGGGGAAGGUCAACAGAGCGUUCUGACCUGAAGAGAAGGAGGAAUAAUCGACCACGCAAGUCACAGCACAACUCAAAGCAUGGGGGUGCAAUUAGGAGACCAGUCAGACCCAGACAACCUGAGGUUUCGCCACGGCCGGCAACCACAACAGCAAAGUUAAGGCACGACUUUGAUGAUACGAUGGCUUCACCGGUUUUGAAUAAUGUCGAGAUUUUCCCAGCAGCUCUAUCUAUCACUGCAAUUCCAGCUUUCACUGCUACUCCAGUUUUGGAUGAGCCGGUGAUGCCUGCUGUGCCCGUGCAACACUCUGAUUCAAGUGAUAGCGUCCCGCCUGGAUUUACUCGGAUGGAAACGGAAUUUGAUCUCCAACCUGCUAGCUCUACGUCGACUCCCGUGGUUUCUUCAGUUGCUCCACCAAUCAUUAUGGCAGACUGUAAUCAAAGUGACUAUCAGAUGGGAGUUAGAACUGACCUCUUGGAGGAAGGUGAAUUCACUCCCGUCCUACACAAGAAGUCGAAGAAAUUGCUGAAGCAAAAAUGA